GCGAAAGGAUCCAAACCCAAAUCGAUUGAGUUAUUCGCGUGUCCUGUGAACAGGACUUUCUUUCGCAGAAAAAUGUUGCGCCUCCUGCUGCUGCCGCUCUUCCUCUUCACGUUGUCCAUGGCCUGCAUGGGGCAGACCUUUCAGUACUCCAGGGGCUGGACAAAUGGUAAGAGGGCCCUCAGUCCAGGAUCUCCUCUGUUGGCCAACGCACAUUUUCAUCGGAGCAACGAGCUGGGACUCACGGACCUCUACGAUCUGCAGGAUUGGAGCAGCGAUCGCAGGUUGGAGCGUUGUUUGUCGCAACUCCAGCGUUCGUUGAUUGCCCGAAAUUGUGCCCCAGGAGCGGAUUUCAAUGCCAAUCGACCAGAUGCGGAUACGGAAAACUCCAAUACCCAUUCCUCCAGACUCAACAACAUUAACAACGAAAACGUUCUGUAUUCAAAUACCAAUAUCCCGAAUAGACAUCGUCAGUCGAAUGAAUUACUCGAGGAGUUAAAUGCCGCUGGUGGAGUCUCUGCUGAACCCAUAUUUGGAAAACAUUAACCAUAAUAUUUCAGUACAUCAAAUUUCAAACUAUGGUUUAAUAGCAACAAGUGCUACAAAAAUGUAAAAAAAAAAAUUGUUUAAAUGUUGAAUAAAACGAAGGCUUUUUAUGGAUAAA